AUGCUCGCCAUUGCGACUAGUUAUCUCGCUCUUUGGGCAGGAGUAGCUCAUGCGGCUCCCAGUGGUACAUGCGCCCCCAUGGCUCAUGUCGCCAAUGGAACGUACACCGGAGUUCACAGCACAAGUUAUAAUCAAGACUUCUUCCUGGGUGUUCCGUAUGCCCAGCAGCCCGUCGGUAAUCUUCGAUUCAAGGUUCCGCAGUCCUUGAACGAGAGCUGGAGUGGGGCGCGCGACGCUAAACAAUAUUCAGAUGCUUGCGUUGGUUAUGGAGUGGGUGAUAUCAGCAAGUCGGACUCAAUAUGGUACCCCAACUCAGAAGCGUGCUUGACUCUCAACAUCGUUCGGGAUUCGACUGUCAAGCAAGGGUCCAAGCUCCCAGUGGCAGUCUGGAUCCAUGGAGGCGGCUUCUACAUGGGAUCUGGGCGAGAUGAGCGGUACAACAUGUCGACUCUUGUCCAAAAUGCUCAUAAGAUAGGAAAACCUUUCAUCGCGGUGACACUCAACUACCGACUCUCCACCUGGGGUUUCAUCGGCUCGAGUGAGAUUGCUGGGAGUGGAAACACAAAUCUUGGGCUGCGAGAUCAACGAUUGGCUCUGCACUGGGUCAAGGAGAACAUCGCCGCCUUUGGUGGUGACCCGGAGAAGGUCACGAUCUGGGGUGAAUCAUCCGGUGCCAUGUCGGUAGGCUAUCAGUUGACUGCAUACGGAGGUCGCGAUGACAAACUCUUCAGAGCCGGUAUCAUGGAGUCGGGAGGUUCAAUCAACCCGAACUUUGCCCAGACUGCCAAUGUUUCGUCCUUUCAGACAAUGUAUGACAAUCUCACUGCCACUGUCAACUGCUCUGGGGUGGCAGACACUCUUCAAUGCCUGCGGGAAGUCCCCUUUGACACGCUCAAUUCUGUUCUGAACGGAACUGGUGGUCUUCCGGCAUACGGCUUCUUGCCGGUCGUCGAUGGAGACAUUCUGCAAAAGUUUGGCAGUGUACAGCUUAAGAAUCAUGAGUUUGUCAAGGUACCGAUCAUCUCUGGAACAAACACAGAUGAAGGUACUGGAUUUGGGCCCGUUGGCAUUAACACAACCGAGCAAUGGUAUCAGUAUUUGACUGGUCCCGAUGGCCAGCACAUCCCACCUCCACUUGCCCGGCGGAUCUUGGAACUUUAUCCGGACGAUCCAUCUCAGGGUAUUCCCGCUUAUCUUGGAGACCAACGUGUACCAGAAAAGGGAUAUGAAUGGCGGCGGACCAGUGCAUUUGCAGGUGAUGUUACGAUGCAUGCGAACCGACGGCGGCAAUGCGAAGCAUGGGCGGAGGUUUCAGCGCCAGCCUACUGCUACCGAUUCAACGUCCACCCUGCUGAUGUGCCACUUCUUUCGGGGGCGACUCAUUUCAUGGAGGUUGCGUUCGUAUUCAACAAUAUUGCAGGGCGCGGCUACCACUACGGAAAGCCAUUCGCGGGCGUGCCGCAAUCUUAUAUCGACCUCAGUGAUAUGAUGUCGACUAUGUGGAUCUCAUUCAUCCAUGACCUCGAUCCCAACUCCCACGCCGUAAAACAAGACGUCCAUUGGGAGAAAUAUGGGGAAAAGAAGCCUGUUGACCUGGUCUUUAGCGCAAACGUGACCAGUUACAUGGAGCCGGACACUUGGCGCAAGGACGGGAUUGACUUUAUCAAUUCCAUUGCGAGGGCGCUCUGGCGUUGA